AUAUUUCCAGAUUGUCCGAAGAAGAAGUCGACGUGCACGCUUCUGGAAUAUGGGGCUCUUAUUCCUUAUAUACUACUGCGUUACUGUGUACUCAGCCAAGGGUGAUGAAAAACCCGAAACUGCAUUAAAUCCCGACAGUUUGCAGGAGGAUGGGGAUAGCGCUUUAGGUGAAACAUCUGAUAAGGAGGUAGAUCUCUCAGACGCCAAUGCGGCUGAUAGUACAUUAGGACCAAGUGUUACAACGGAGGGUGCCACCAUUAUGUCUACAGCACCAACACAUACUGCUGCUAAACAUGCCGUUCCUACUUGGCGACCGAAACGAAAUUGUACUCCACCCGCUAUUGAACAAUUCCCACAGCCAUUGAUGGGCAAAUGGGCACGCCAACAUGGUGGACUCAUCAUUCAUAUCAUCGUUGCCAUAUUUACGUUUUUCGGUUUGGCUAUCGUUUGCGAUGAAUACUUUGUCGCCAGUUUGGAUCGUUUAUGCGAAGAACUUAAACUUGCACCUGAUGUAGCGGGCGCCACUUUCAUGGCGGCUGGUAGUUCGGCGCCCGAAUUGGCUACAGUGGUGAUCGGAGUGUUCUUUGCAAAAGAUGAUAUCGGCAUAAGUGGUGUUAUUGGCUCGGCGGUAUUCAACAUUAUGUUCGUGAUAUCGGUUUGUGCUCUCUGCUCUGGAACUGUUUGCCAAUUGAAUUGGUGGCCUUUAGUGCGAGACUGCUUCUUCUACAGUCUAUCCAUUCUGGUUAUGCUGAUCAUCAUUUUCAAUGACGUUAUCUCGUGUUACGAAGCGGUAUUCAUGUUGCUCUGCUAUGUCGGAUAUUGCGUUGCUCUUACAUUCAACACGGAACUGGAACGAUGGGCUUUAUCCUUAAAUUUACCAUUCAAAUUGCCAACCAAAGAGGAACAAUCGUCGCUGGUGACCUACAAAAAUAUGCCCGAUAGUUCGUACACACAAGGCACACAACAACAACAGCAAACGAGUUUGACACAAGACGGAGCCUCCGGAUCGCAACAACAACAACAACAGUCAACAAGCGAAUAUCAAAAUUAUGGAGAUCCAAAUUCUAGUUGGGAUCCGAACGCCGCUUGGGGCGAAGAUUCGUCGACAAAUCCAGUGGGAGUCAGUGUUAGAUACGGCCAACCACCAGGCGAAGAUGACUGGGGCACAAAUACAUUUACAACCUCAGGACCCGGCUCUGGUCAUGAAAAUUAUGCAUACAAUCCCGAUCAACCGGAUGCAGUCGUCACACCAACAAAUACAAAUGAUGACGGCAGCAAACCGGUUGUCGGCAAACCACAGCCAACUGGCGUAGAAUACUAUAAAUCAUCUGACAAGUCGAAAGAGGCACGCCCCAAUCCAUUGGAACGUCCAACGGCAGGCGGACUUCCAACACUGAUCUCCUGGUAUGUCGUCUAUCCCAUACACUAUUUGUGCCAGAAAACUAUGCCGGAUUGUCGCACUGAGAAAUACCGCAAUUGGUAUCCAUUCACAUUUAUCGUGUCGAUGAUUUGGAUCUCCUUCUAUUCGUAUUUUAUGGUUUGGAUGAUAACGGUGAUUGGCUCAACAUUGGCCAUACCGGACACGGUUAUGGGAUUGACAUUUGUUGCUGCUGGUGUAUCUGUGCCCGAUGCCCUAAGCUCAAUAGCGGUAAUCAAAGAAGGUUUCGGCGACAUGGCCGUAUCGAAUGCGAUUGGCUCGAAUGUCUUUGAUAUCCUAGUGUGCUUAGGUCUUCCGUGGUUUAUACAAACGGCCAUAAUAAAGCCGGGCUCGCACGUCAAUGUCAUUUCGAAAGGUUUGACAUAUUCCACUUUGUCACUUUUCUCGACGGUCAUCUUUCUCAUCUUAUCCACACAUUUGAACGGCUGGAAAUUGGACAAACGACUUGGCAUCAUCCUAAUGAUUUGGUAUUUAUGCUUCAUAACAUUGGCAUCGUUGUAUGAAUUAAAUGUAUUUGGAUACAUGAACCCACCGGAAUGCACCAGUGAUUACUAAGUACAUACUAGACCAAAUGUGGCUGUAAUAAAUAUAUAUAAAAAAUAAUAAGGAGGAGGCUAAGGGCACAACAAGUUAUUGUAAAAGCUAAUCAACAAAUCACAGAACUAAGUUGCACACAAACAGAUAUUUACAACUGUUGAUGUAUGUUACGUAUUUGCGUAAGCUCAAAAAAAAAAAGUUUGUAAAACUGGGUCGACGUCAAGAAGGUUUCGCAGAUUACGUAUCUACGUACAUACAUAUGUAUGAAUAUGCCACUGGUAGGCUUGAACUGGAUUUUGUUGUGUUGCUAAGCGGACUGGAUGGCUGGCUAUGCAGUGAAGCUGGACAAAUGCAUUUGUUAAGUUUAUUUGAUUGUUUGAUCUCUCGUCUUCUUAUUAUUCUCCAAUCCCAUCAAUCGCAUCCUCUAACGACAAAGAAGAAAACAGAAGCAUGUGCAUAAUUAUGCACUUACACGGCGUUUACAUAAGACAAUUUUGCCAAGACAAAAGCAAUGCAUUCACACUUUUUCACUAAUACAUUCACACUUCCCUCAUUGUCUUCGUCACUGUCCUUGAUUUUUCGAAGACAGUAAAUUGGACAAUUAGGUCACGUCUUAAUUAAUUUGAGAAAAAGAGACAAGACAAAUCACAAAAAAUCACUGAAUUAUGAAAAAGUGGUUUGUAUUUGGAUAUUUUAGUAAAUAAUAUGAAAUUCACGCCAAACGACGCUAACGGCGGUGGCUGAAAAAUAGGUUCUCUCCGUAACAAUCCGGACCGGAUCCGGUAAUUAGAGAAUAAGCGAAAAGUUUG